CAUUGUGUUGUCCCUGUAGUAGCAUAUUAGAAUCUGUGAAUCCAAGGUAGGAAAAGAAGGAACCAUGUCAUCAGGGAUUUUGAAGGAGGAGGUGGACAUAGUGAUCCCAACGAUAAGGAACCUGGACUUCUUGGAGAAGUGGAGGCCAUUCUUUGAGGGAUUUCAUCUAAUAAUAGUGCAAGAUGGUGACCCUUCCAAGGUCAUCAAGGUUCCUCAAGGCUUUGACUAUGACCUUUACAACCGCAACGACAUCAACCGCAUUCUAGGUCCCAAGGCCCAUAUCAUUUCCUUCUUGGACGGUGCUUGUCGUUGCUUCGGCUUCUUGCUCUCCAAGAAGAAGUACAUCUUCACCAUCGAUGAUGACUGCUUUGUUGCCAAAGAUCCAUCUGGCAAAGAAAUUAAUGCCUUGCAACAACACAUUGAGAACCUUCAGACUCCAUCAACCCCAUUUUUUUUCAACACCCUAUAUGACCCAUAUAGAGAAGGUGCAGAUUUUGUUCGCGGAUACCCAUUUAGUUUGCGUGAAGGUGUCCCAACCGUUGUUUCUCAUGGUCUCUGGCUCAAUAUUCCUGACUAUGAUGCCCCAACUCAACUUGUCAAGCCUUUAGAGAGAAACACUAGGUAUGUAGAUGCAGUUAUGACUAUACCAAAGGGAGCUCUAUUUCCUAUGUGUGCAAUGAAUUUGGCAUUCAAUCGGGAAUUAAUUGGCCCUGCAAUGUACUUUGGACUAAUGGGUGAUGGUCAACCUAUUGGACGUUAUGAUGAUAUGUGGGCUGGCUGGUGCAUGAAGGUCAUAAGUGAUCAUCUAGGAUUGGGGGUGAAGACAGGUUUGCCUUACCUUUGGCACAACAAAGCUAGCAACCCAUUUGUGAACCUUAAGAAGGAGUUCAAAGGACUUUUUUGGCAAGAGGAAUUAAUCCCAUUUUUUCAAUCUGUAUCUCUUCCAAAAGAUUGCACAACUGCUCAAAAAUGCUACAUUGAACUCUCCAAGCAAGUUAAGGCAAAAUUUGGCAAGGUUGACGAGUAUUUCAACAAGCUUGCAGAUGCCAUGGUCAUAUGGAUUGAAGCUUGGGAUGAACUAAACCCGUCUGGGGCAUAAUUUAAUGCAUUGCCCAGUGGUUCAACAAAGUAAAAUAUUGAUCUUGAUCUAUCUAGAGAUAUGAAUUACUGGGCAUGGCAAAGUAGCAUAUCGUUAUCUUUAUUGUUUCUUUCUUUUCAUGUAACAAUAAAACUUGAGUGACUUCAAUACAAAUCAAUAAACAAAAAGUUAAGAUAUUUAUUAAA